CCCCUCCCCUGCCCAUGGUUUUGGGAGAAGAAGACUUGUUCAGUCCCGGACUAGACUGCCAGCGCUGGAGCAAAACUGGACGACCCGGGCUGCAGGGCCUUGCCGCUGUGUAAUGCUCUAGGAUGAAGGUAUGGAAGGUGGUGGUGGUGGCCUCCAUGCUCUUCAGCACUAUCUUCUCGGCUCUGAUUUACAGAAACGUGUCCAUUAGAGGGAGGACAAUGGCUCCAGCCUCGAGCGAAGAACUUCAGCCUCAGGACCCGAGACUGCCACCCAGCCCCCAGUCUUACAAAGUGAAAUAUAAAAACAUGUUUAAAAGCCACACGGACGAGGAGGCUCAGGAGUUGGUUCGGGCUUUGAUCCAGAGAUACAGGAGGUCACCGGACUGGAGGCGGAAGACUCGUACUCACUCGCGGGCGUCUCUGCGGACCAAGCGUGCAAAGUCGCGGGCCACCAAGGGCUGCUCGCUGAAAGAGAUCAACGUGACAGUCAGCGACCUGGGCAUCUCGCAGGUGUCGGAGGAGGUGGUGCGCUUCAGGUACUGCGCCGGCUCCUGCGACUCUGAGAAGAAGUUCUAUGACCUGACGCUGAAGAACCUGCGCAACUCCAAGCUGAUCAAGAAGGAGGUGAGAGCCCGUCCCUGCUGCCGGCCCACCCUGUACGACGACGACGUCUCGUUCCUGGACGUCAACUUUCGCUACCACACUCUCCGGCAACUCUCGGCCAAGGAAUGUGGCUGCGUCUGAAGACAAAAACGUGUCGGAUACUCCAAUCCCUUCUUGGAAGGAGCAGGAACAACAACAACAACAAAAACACACAUCAGACAGACCUCGUUUGGGCUCAGGGUCUUGGUUUCUUGGUCCUCCACAAUAUUCCCAAUGGAAUUUAAACUGGAGGUGGCCCUGGUCACUUUCCACCGUUGGGUGGAAGGAGACGACGCAUCUGGAAGACAAGAGGGGGUGAUGUCUGACCACCACCACAGCCCACUCUCUCUCUUCUGGAGAGGUUCAGAUCUGCAGUGCCUCGUGAAGGAGCAAGUGUAUCCAACCCAUGUGCCGCAACGCCGUUGUUGGCCGUGGCCUGCACUGGAGAGACCACCUCAAUGGCCAGGCGCGAGGGGUGGGGACGUGGACUUACUUGUGUUUUGCAAUUGACACUCUCGCCAUGGAUUCCAGAAUGCAGGGUCGUGAUCCAAGGGUUAACAUCUGUGCCUAUGGAAUACACUUGGAAUAAUUCACCAGUAACCCCAUUCCCUUCAUUCCUCUCUCUCUCUCUAUCUCUCUUUCUCUCACUGUCUAUCUCUCUACAUCUCUCUCUCUCUUCAUAUAUCUCUAUCUCUAUCUCGCUCAGAUUAUGUCCAUCUCUGAUUCUCUCUCUCUCCCCCCGCCCCUCUCUCUUUCUCUGUCUCUAUCUCAAUCUCUCUGCGAUUCUCCCUUUCUCUCCCUCAGAUUUUCCAAGUGUCUAUCUCUCUCUGAUUCUCUCUCUCUCUCUCUCUCUGUUUCUCCGUCUGCCUCCAUCUCUCUCGGAUUUUCUCUUUUUUCUCUCUGUCUCCCCCCCCUCUCUCUCACACACACACUCUCUCUCAAUAGAACCAAUUCUCAUUAAACCAGUCACUGGUGCAGAACUAUGAGCGGUCCUGCUCAGAAUUUAUUGUAAAGAAUUGUAAUGCCCUGUGUGUGUGAGUGUGGAAUGACUGAUUAGCAGAUAAGCAGGCCCCUGUACAUCAGAAUAACCUUAGUUCCAUGGUUUUGAGGAUUAAACCAGACACAUUAUUACAGGGUUGUAUAGGGUGGCAAUGGCAAACUGUUGCAUUGUUUUGUAAAAAAAAAAGAUUCAAACCAAAGUCUAUUAAAGUCUAGUGAAUGUAGGAUGUAAAUUCCACCACCAUUAGCCGUUGGCACAAAAGCGUUAAAAUCCAGACUAUGUGACCUGGGGAGGUGUCAGAUUAUACAAACACCCACAAUAUGAGACAGAACUGGUGGAAACACAGGGGCAGCCUUCAUCCACCUUGUUGGUUCAUUCACCACAUCACCGUUCUCAGUUCCGUCAUUCUCCUUCUCCGUCUCCUCUGUCUCCAUGCUUGUUAUCUCCAGGGUUCCAGCUUGGUUUCCUUCACCGCCGUUGUGCAUUGUGUAAGCGGAGCAUUUUAACCCGGUGUUUCCUGAAAUUGAGUUGUCUUCUGUUCAAUGUCAUCAUGAAAGGGUUAAUGCUAUGUUGGAACAACAGCCAAAGAUUUUUCAUGUCAGCCUCGAAUUUCAUCAUUGAUAGCACACAGGAUAACUUUAACCCAGCCAUUUUGUUCAAAGCUAGUGAACUGUAUAUUGCUCUGGUGGUAAAGAGGGAUUUUAGUCAUAGGUAGAGUCAUAGAGUCAUAUAACAGGCCCGUCGGCCCAACUUGCACACACACCGGCCAACAUGUCCCAUCUACACUAGAUCCACCUGCCUGCUUGUGGCCCAUACCCCUCUAAACCUGGCCCAUCCAUGUACCUGUCCUAUUCAUGCACCUGCCCUAUCCACAUACCUUAUCCUACCCAUUUAUCUGUCUCAUCUACAUACCUGUCCUAUCCAUGUACCUGUCCUAUCCAUGUACCUGUCCUAUCCAUGUACCUGUCCCAUCCACGUACCUGUCCUAUCCAUGUACCUGUCCCAUCCACGUACCUGUCCUAUCCAUGUACCUGUCCUAUCCAUAUACCUGUCCUGUCCAUGUACCUGUCCUAUCCAUGUACCUGUCCUAUCCAUGUACCUGUCCUAUCCAUAUACCUGUCCUGUCCAUCCCUGUCCCAUCCACGUACCUGUCCUAUCCACGCACCUGUCUAAAUGUUUCUUAAACUUCUGGCAGCUAUUUGCUCCCCACAGGUCGGGGAAAAGGCAUGAGGGAAAAGAAAUGUUUUCAGAGUUGGUGUAAAACUUUAUGAGAUUCAGUCUGCAUCGAAACUGUCUGCAACCUGAGUGAAUGCCAUCCCGAACAUCGGGCUGGUUCAUCCGAGAGUCAAUACCAGCUUACUUGUGUUAUAGUUCGUGUGUGACAUUGUUCGAUUUACUGUGUGUGUUACACCCUUUAUUCCCAUCACUCCGAGUCUGCCCCUCCGCCCACUCCAGUGUUAGGACCAAUAUGUCUCACAGGUGGUUCACCUGUGAAUGGCCCCUGAUGCCGACACUUGUAUGGCACGAGCAUUGUCCAAACCGUAGCUGCUAUACCCAUGCUGCUGCUACCUCCAGCAGCAACACCUAUUCUGCAGAGACACCGCAAAACCACCACGAGAAAAUAAAUGAUAUAUGGUCUCAAUAAUAGUGAUUUAGUUUAGUUUGUGGUUGGAGUGUGGAAACAGGCCCUUCGUCCCACCGAGCCCGCACUGACCAAUGAUCACCAGUACGCUAGUUCUAGCCUAAACACACGGGGCAAUUUUUCAGAAGCCAAUCGACCUCCAAACGUGCAAUGUGGAAGGAAACCGGAGCACCCGGGGAAAACCCACGCAGGUCACGGGGAGAACGUGCAAACUCCGUGCACACAGCACCCGCAGUCAGGAUCGAACCCGGGUCUCUGGCGCUGGGAGGCAGCAGCUCUACUGCUGCGCCACCGUGCCGCCCCACAGUCGAGGCUUGCUCUAAAUUAAUAUCGAGAUGCUGGAUUAACUCAACGGAUAAGGCAGCGUCUCUGGAAGACAUGGACAGGUGGUGUUUCAUGUCGGGACCCUUCAGAGUUACCAGAGCAUCAUAGAGUCAUACAGCAUGGAAACAGGUCCUUCAGCCCAACUUGCCCACACCGGCCAACAUGUCUUAUCCACACUAGUCCCACCUGCCUGCGUUUGGCCCUUAUCCCUCUAAACCUGCCCUUGUGAAUUUCCUCCUAAAUCAGUGCCUGCACUUCCUUGUGUUUCUCUAAAUGACUAUUGUUGCAUGAAGCAUGGGAAUCAGUAGGUUUCUAUCUUAUAUUGGCCAGCAGUCCCAACAUGACUUGUCUGCCAAGCUCACUGGUUUGGAGUGAAUGCCCAGAAAGAUGACGACAAGUUCGAUCUGUUCCCCAGAGUUAAUUCUUCACUGGGAUCAAGUUUGUUCCAACAGAUGAGGCCAAACUCUUUCUCCCAGAGAGUUGUGAAAUCUGUGGAAUUCUCUGCCACAGAAGGCAGUGGAGGCCAAUUCACUGGAUGUUUUCAAGAGAGAGCUGGAUAUAGGUCUUAGUGUCUAACGGAAUCAAGGGAUAUUUAGGAGAAAGCAGGAACGGGAUACUGAUUUAGGAUGAUCAACCAUGGUCACAUUGAAUGACGGUGCUGGCUCGAGGGGCCGAAUGGCCUACUCCUGCACCUAUUUUCUAUGUUUCCAUUACAGCCUCGGCAAAUAUUGGUCAUUGCUGGAGUUCUAAGGUUUUUGAGAUAUUUUUAAGAAGUACAAAAUUGCUUCUUAAACGUUAGAACCUGUCUCAACAACUUGUACAGGCAGCUCGUUCCAUAAGCCCACCAUCCUUUGCAUGAAAUAGUUACCCCUUCAGAUUCCUACAAAAUCCUUCCCACUUCUCCUUAAACCUAUGUCCCCUGAUCCUCGAUUCCCCCACUCUGAGCCAGGGACUCUGUGCGUCUACCCGAUCUAUUCCUCUCAUGAUUUUAUACCCCUCGAUAAGAUCGCCCCUCAUCUUCCUGCGCUCCAAGGAUUAGAGUCCCGGCCUACUCCGCCUCUCCCUGUAGCUCAGGCCCUUGAGUCCUGGCAACAACAACCUUGUAAAUCUUCUCUGCGCCCUUUGCAACUUGACGACAUCUUUCCUAUAACAUCAUACAGUCAAUUAAUAUGAAUUCAUUUUCUGCAUCUGCCCAAAUUAACUGGCAGUGUGUUUGGGCUCUUCACCAGAAUGAAGUCUAUGGUUUUGUUAUUUGUUAAUAGAUUUUGAUGCAUUUGGUGGAUCAAACUACCAAAAUCUGCCCCCUUUCCCAUCCCAUGCACACAAAUACAACAUCCCGACACACUCACCAGGUCAUAUGGGAUAGGAACAGAAUUAGGCCAUUCAGCCCAUCAAGUCUACUCCACCAUUCAAUCAUGGUGGAUCUAUCUCUCCCUCCUAAUUCCAUUCUCCUGCCCUCUCCCCAUAAACCCUGACAACCUAAUCAAGAAUCGAUCCAAGUCUGCCUUAAAAAUAUCCAUUGACUUUGUCUCCACUGCCUUAUGUGGCAAAGAAUUCCCCAGAUUCACCACCCUUAUCCUCCUCAUCUCCGUCCCAAAGGAACGUCCUUUAAUACUGAGGCCAUGACCUCUAGUCCUAGACUCUCCCACUAGUGGAAACAUCCUCUCCACAUCCACUCUAUCCAGGCCUUUCACUGUGCGGUAAGUUUCAAUGAGGUCCCCCCCUCAUCCUUCUAAACUCCAGCGAAUACAGGCCCAGUGGCAUCACUUUCCCUCACAGUGACAGAUCAGGGAAGGGGUGGGGUUGUGCUAACAAUAUAACCAUAUAGCAAUUACAGCACGGAAACAGGCCAUCAUGGCCCUUCUAGUCCGUGCCAAACACUUAUUCUCCCCUAGUCCCAUCUACCUGCACUCAGACCAUAACCCUCCAUUCCUUUCCUGUCCAUAUACCUAUCCAAUUUAUUUUUAAAUGAUAAAAUCGAACCUGCCUCCACCACUUCCACUGUAAGCUCAUUCCACACAGCUACCACUCCCUGAGUAAAGAAGUUCCCCCUCAUGUUACCCCUAAACUUUUGUCCCUUAAUUCUCAAAUCAUGUCCUCUUGUUUGAAUCUUCCCUACUCUCAAUGGAAAAAGCUUAUCCACGUCAACUCUGUCUAUCCCUCUCAUCAUUUUAAAGACCUCCAUCAAGUCCCCCCUUAACCUUCUGCGCUCCAAAGAAUAAAGACCUAACUUAUUCAACCUUUCUCUGUAACUUAGGUGCUGAAACCCGGGCAACAUUCUAGUAAAUCUCCUCUGUACUCUCUCUAUUUUGUUGACAUCUUUCCUAGAAUUUCCUAAAUGGAUGCUUAACUCGCAACAGCCCUCCACACUUGGACCAAACAUGCUGAUGAUUAGCGAGGCCCGCCAUACAUUAAUCCUCCUCAGUGGACCAGGUUAGAUCACAUCCAUCUGAACCGAAACCUAGCAUUUACAAUUGUCCCCAGAUGCCACGUCAUUGCCUUCCAGCGAACUAGGUUCAUGCAAGAAUCCAACGCCCUCGAUCUGUGCCUUCUCAAAUUCUGCUACAGUGUUCCAUAUUAGAGUCACAGAGAGUCACACAGCAUGGAAACAGGUCCUUUGGCCCAACUUGCCCACACCGGCCAACAAUGCCCCCAGCUACACUAGCCCCACCUGCCUGCGUUUGGCCUAUAUCCCUCUAAACCUUGUCCUAUCCAUGUACCUGUCCAUCCAAGGUUCAGAUUCUAUGUCUGUGAAAUAUAACUGCACAUGUCAACAUCUCUCCUGCAACAUGGUGACCAAAACUGAACACAACACCCUACAUAUUCCAGAGUCUCUUGAGCUCAGUCUUACAUUUGAACUGGGAAAGUGAUUCUGUGACUA